GUGUUAUUGGGCAGGUUCCUUACUGUGUGUGUUGGUUUCCCGUUAGUUGGGACUUGGCUGCAUCUUAUUUGCAGUUCUGCUGAUACGCAUCAACAGAAAGACCAGAAGUGCCUUUUUGAAAAAUUUGGUCGUCGAGUUGCUUUCCUCGGUUGUCAGCGUUAUGGCUCUCGUUAUUUUGAUGGUGUCGGUUCUGGUGCUGAGCGGUCUUGCACUCAGCAGUGACGUGCUGGAGCUCGGAGACAGCGACUUCGACUUUUCGGUGCGGCAGCAUGAGACCAUGCUUGUGGAAUUCUUCGCUCCCUGGUGUGGUCACUGUAAGAAGCUGGCACCAGAAUAUGAAGAGGCAGCCACUAGGCUUAAAGAUAUUGUGCCCUUAGCCAAGGUGGACUGCACUGCAAACUCUGAGACUUGUACCAAGUUUGGUGUGAAUGGAUACCCAACCCUAAAGAUCUUUAGAAAUGGAGAGGAGUCUUCAGCAUAUGAUGGUCCUCGAUCAGCAGAUGGGAUUGUUAGUCACAUGAAGAAACAGGCUGGCCCCAGCUCUGUAGAACUGAAGACUGCAAAGGAUCUGGAAAAAUUUAUUAGCCAUUAUGAUGCUAGUAUAGUUGGAUUCUUCUCUAGCAGUGAUAGUGCACAGCUUGCUGAGUACGUGAAAGCUGCUAGUGAACUCCGAGACCACUACAGACUAGCUCACACUAGCAUCCCAGAGCUACUUGAAGCACAUAAUAUCCUGGGCGAAGGUGUUAUUUUGUUUAGGCCACCACGACUCAGUAACAAAUUUGAGGAAAGCACUUCACAGUACUCUGACUCCAUCAGCACCAGCAGUAUUAGAAGUUUCAUUAAUGAAAAUAUAUUUGGUAUGUGCCCACACAUGACUAGUGGCAACAAAGAACAACUGAUGAGGAGAGACAUAUUACUGGUUUUCUAUAAUAUAGAUUAUGUACGCAACCCCAAGGGCUCAAACUAUUGGAGAAACAGGGUAAUGAAAGUAGCCUCUAAGUUUGUUUCUGAAGGCAGGACCCUAAGCUUUGCUGUUGCAGAUCGUCAGGAAUUUGCUGAGGAGCUAUCAGAAUUUGGGGUGGAGGACACUACUGGUGAGUUACCAGUGGUUGUAAUAAAGACCCUCACUGGUGAAAAAUACAUCAUGCAAGAUGAAUUCACGCGUGAUGGGCUCGCUCUAGAGCAUUUUGUGGAGGAUUACUUUGCCAAAAAUUUAAAGAGAUACGUGAAAUCUGAACCAAUACCAGAGAAAAAUGAUGGACCUGUCAAGGUGGUAGUUGCAGAGACCUUUGAUGAAAUAGUUAAUGAUCAAUCCAAAGAUGUUCUAAUUGAGUUUUAUGCCCCAUGGUGUGGACACUGCAAAAAUCUGGAGCCAAAGUAUAUUGAGUUAGGUCAGCAGUUGGCAAAUGAUCCAAAUAUUAUAAUUGCAAAGAUGGAUGCCACAGCAAAUGAUAUCCCUUCUAACUAUGAUGUUCAAGGAUUUCCAACCAUCUAUUUUGCUACAAAAGGCAACAAAGAGUCCCCAAAAAGAUAUGAGGGUGGACGGGAAGUCAGUGACUUCAUUAAUUUUUUGAAAAGUGAAGCAUCCACCAGUCCAGUGAUUUCUCCAAUAAAGGAAGACCUUUAAAGGCCUGAAAAAUGACUUUAAUGUGUCAUCUGUCAAUUUUUAGGCUCUGGUGGGGAACUUCAUCUGACUGGAUUAUGGACAUUAUGCAUUUCUCAAGAUUCUCUUGCCUAAGGAAAACAAAAACUUUGAUUUACAAAAAAUAUAUAUGUAUAAUUUAAAGAAGGGCCUAAUGGUUUCUUAGUUGCUAUAUUUGACUGUGUGGUCCAGAAACAAUAACAUGAAUUGCAUUGAACCUUAACAAGAUAUUGGCUCAGAUGUCUUUGUAGGAUCGAGUGUUUUUUUUUUUUGUACCGGUAUUUUAAUUUAAUUCAGUGUGAAAUCUGUGAGAGUUGCAUGACAAGGUAAACAUAAGUUGUGAGGCUACUGGGGGCGUGUUUUGGGAGGCAUUUUUCAUCAAGGUACUGAUGGAGAUAAGCAUGUUUGGGUGACAUAUGCAAUAGGACUUGAUGUUUGUGUGUUGAUGAUGAAUAAAACACCACUCUAAAGAAUCUUUUUAUUUUUCUCUAUUUUCCUUCAGUUUUCAACAAGUAAAAAGGAAAAUGUCCUACAGCAAUGAUAUUCCCUAUAAUGCACAUCCUGUCAAUGUACGGCCCAUUAAUGAUUGGCCAGCUUGGCUCCUAGAAUACCCUGUGUAGAAAGGCCACGGGGUUGUUUUUUUACUUAAUUUAUUCACUGUUGAAAAUAAUAUCCAUGCAUAACAAAUGCAUUAUGCAAAUACAUGGUGGAAUCUUUUUAUCUAAAUGACUGAAAAACAGAAUACAUUGGUGGAGAUUUUUGCCUACUUUUUUUAAGAUGAUGUUUCUUGGGAAAGAAUGGCUGUUUACAGAUAUACUGUAAUAUGAUUGCACUGAAAUAUCUAAUUCUGUAGUAGUAGUUUGAUUUAAAUUGCUCUUUCAUAGACAUUUUUUGUUAUAAAUUAUCAGGAUUAAUUUAUGGCUGCUGUUUUAUUCAAUGUAUGGCAUGGGCUUGCUUAUAUACAGUAUGCAAUUAGUAUUGACGAGGGAGUAAAAUGAUCAGGUGUGUGUGAAUCUCAGAAAAGUAGAGUCAUCAGUUCCUUUCUUAUUGCUCAGCAUAUUUCUUACCUGCUAUUUUCCUUUUGCCCCAGAAUAAGGUUGCACGAGAAUUCUAUAAACGUGGCCAGGUUGCUGUUAAGCAAAAUUUAUAUAGUCUAUUGAAAAAGCCUAAAUUAAGGACUAUAGUUUUAUACUUAUUCAGUACUCCAAAGCUUAAAGGAACAAUAUAAAUCAAAUAGACUUGCUGUGCAUUUCAAUGGUAACUUGCACUGCAAAUAAAAUGAAAUGCUACUCUCUAAUUCUCAAUAGUUUUGAGGUGAAUGAUUGUCGCGCCACCUCCAAGUAACAGUACUGAAGCUCUAUACAUAAACAGUUGGACUCAUGCAUAUUUAUUUUUAACUCUGGUUUCAAUUGUUCUUGACUUCUUCGUAUUUAGUUAAUAUUAAUUUCAUGUUUGGUUGUAAAAAUGUCUUUCUGUUGAAAAUAAAAAGAAAUGCAAAAUG